UUGAUAAUUCUCCUGUUCUUCCUUUCAGCUAAGAGCCCUACCAGUACUCAGUCACCCAAAUCAUCCUUCUUGGCCAGUCUCAAUCCCAAGACAUGGGGCAAGCUGGGUGCUCAGACCAACAAUGCCAACUCUGAGCCCUCGCGCACAGCAGGAGUGAGUGGCCUCGCAAGGGCCCCUCCCAAGGACUCAAUUUCAAAUAACCGAGACAAAAUUAAGGCCUGGAUCAAAGACCAAGCGACUAAGUUUGUGGAGCGCUACUUCAACUCUGAAAAUGUGGAUGGUAGCAACCCUGCACUGAAUGUCCUCCAGAGACUUUGCACAGCCACCGAGCAACUCAACCUCCAGGUGGAUGGUGGUAUGGAGUGCUUAGUGGAGAUCUCCAGUAUUGUGUCAGAAUCUGAUGUGUCGUCUUUUGAGAUCCAGCACAGUGGGCUGGUGAAGCAGCUGUUGGUCUACCUGACCGCCAACACAGACAGAGAAUUGCUGAGUCGUGAUGUGCGGCUCAAAAGGUUCCUCCAUGUGUUCGGUGGCUGUCCGCCUCCAGGAAUGGAGCCCAUAGGUCGCCUGGAUCUAGCUGAGAAUGCACCUUACUUGGCCAUGGUGCACAAGAUGAACAGCUGUCUGAGCCAAAUGGAGCAAUUUCCUGUCAAGGUGCACGAUUUCCCCAGUGGCAACGGCAAUGGCAGCAGGGGAUCUCAGGCACUCAAGUUCUUCAACACACAUCAGCUUAAGUGUCAGCUGCAGAGACACCCAGAUUGCACUAAUGUUAAACAGUGGAAAGGGGGACCUGUAAAGAUCGACCCUCUGGCUCUGGUGCAAGCCAUUGAGCGGUAUCUUGUCGUCAGAGGAUACGGCCGAAUCAGGGAAGAAGACGAAGACAGUGAUGAUGAUGGCUCAGAUGAUGAAAUAGACGAAUCACUGGCAGCUCAGUUUUUGAAUUCAGGCAGCGUACGUCACAGACUGCAGUUCUACAUUGGUGACCACCUGCUACCGUACAACAUGACGGUGUACCAGGCUGUGCGGCAGUACAGUCUGCAGGCAGAAGAAGAACGGGAGUCAACAGAUGAUGAGGCAAACCCACUUGGCCGAGCUGGCAUCUGGACCAAAACGCACACAAUAUGGUAUAAGCCUGUGAGGGAGGACGAGGAUGGAAGCAAAGAUGCUGUGGGUGGCAAGAGAGGCCGAGCCCAGACUGCUCCCACCAAAACCUCACCCCGCAACGCCAAGAAGCAGGAUGAGCUGUGGCAUGAUGGUGUAUGUCCCAGCGUCAUCAAUCCCUUAGAGACAUACCUCACUUCGGAGCCACCAGAGACCAUAACUUUUGAUGACCCUUCUUUAGAGGUCAUCCUGCUGCUGAGGGUCCUGCACUCCAUCAGUAGAUACUGGUUCUACCUGUAUGAUAACGCUGCGUGUAAGGAAAUUAUCUCUACCAAUGAGUUCAUUAACAGUAAACUGACAGCCAAAGCCAAUCGUCAGCUGCAAGACCCUCUGGUCAUCAUGACUGGGAACAUCCCCACGUGGCUCAUUGAGCUUGGAAAGUCCUGCCCCUUCUUCUUCCCCUUUGACACUCGGCAGAUGUUAUUCUAUGUAACCGCCUUUGACCGUGACAGAGCAAUGCAGCGCUUGUUGGACACAAACCCUGAGAUCAACCAGUCAGAUUCUCAGGACAGCAGAGUUGCACCACGUCUCGACAGGAAAAAGAGGACAAUAAACCGCGACGAGCUCCUAAAACAGGCAGAGUCUGUGAUGCAGGAUCUCGGCAGCUCCAGGGCAAUGCUCGAGAUUCAGUAUGAGAAUGAGGUGGGCACAGGUCUCGGUCCCACUCAGGAGUUCUACGCUCUGGUGUCUCAGGAGCUUCAGCGCGCCGAUCUUGGUCUUUGGAGAGGCGAAGAGGUUACUCUGGCCAAUCCUAAAGGAAACCAAGAGGGAACAAAGUACAUGUUCAGCUCCAGAGGACUGUUUGCCGUUCCCUUCGGCAGGACGACCAAACCAGCGCACAUAGCCAAAAUCAAAAUGAAGUUCCGUUUCUUAGGAAAGCUAAUGGCUAAAGCCAUAAUGGACUUCAGACUGCUGGAUCUGCCCUUGGGGCUGCCAUUUUAUAAGUGGAUGCUACGGCAUGAGAUGUCUAUAAGCUCCCACGACCUGGUGAACAUUGAUCCCGGUGUUGCCAAGUCAAUCCAGCACUUGGAGGAUAUUAUCCGCCAAAAGAAGAGGCUGGAGCAAGACCGAUCACAGACGAGGGAGACGCUACAGCAGGCUCUCGAGAGCCUGAACAUGAAUGGCUGCUCAGUGGAGGACCUGGGUUUGGACUUCACCCUUCCAGGAUUCCCAAAUAUUGAGCUGAAAAAGGGCGGCAAAGAUGUCCCAGUCACAAUCUACAACCUGGAGGAGUACCUCAGGUUGGUGGUGUACUGGACUCUAAAUGAAGGAGUGUCCAGACAAUUUGAAUCGUUUAGGGAAGGGUUUGAGUCGGUCUUCCCCUUACAUCACCUGCAGUAUUUCUACCCAGAGGAGCUUGACCAGUUGCUGUGUGGCAGUAAAUCAGAGACGUGGGAUGUCAAGACGCUGAUGGAGUGUUGUCGACCGGAUCACGGAUACACACAUGACAGCCGUGCAGUUCGGUUCCUGUUUGAGGUGUUGAGCAGCUUCGAUGCCGAGCAGCAAAGACUGUUUCUGCAGUUUGUCACAGGAAGCCCAAGACUGCCCGUCGGAGGUUUCCGGAGCCUGAACCCACCUCUGACGAUUGUGAGGAAGACGUUUGAGUCGACGGAGAAUCCAGACGACUUCCUCCCCUCAGUCAUGACAUGCGUCAACUACCUGAAGCUGCCUGACUACUCCAGCAUAGAGAUCAUGCGAGAGAAACUGUUGAUUGCGGCUCGCGAGGGCCAGCAGUCUUUCCACCUUUCCUGA